AUGCUGUCUCACGCCGACCUCCUGGACGCCCGACUCGGGAUGAAGGAUGCGGCUGAGCUGCUAGGGCACCGAGAGGCGGUCAAGUGCCGAAUAGGCGUGGGUGGCUCAGACUCUGUGCACCCGGGAGAUCUGUCCAGUAAUCAGGACCAAGUGGAGGGCACCACCAUGUUACCGGGAGAGGACAUCACCAACGUGGGCUCCAACCAGUCCUCUAUGGCUGUAGCUGCCAAAGACCCAGACAAACAGCAACAGCAGCAGAAUCCCAAUCAGUCAGGCCAGCAACAGGGUCAGAACCAGAGCCAGCAGAAACAAAAGCGACACCGGACCCGCUUUACUCCGGCACAGCUCAAUGAGCUGGAGAGGAGCUUCGCCAAAACCCACUAUCCUGAUAUAUUCAUGAGAGAAGAGCUGGCUUUGAGGAUCGGCCUGACAGAGUCCAGAGUCCAGGUUUGGUUCCAGAACAGGAGGGCAAAGUGGAAGAAGCGUAAGAAGACAACUAACGUGUUCCGCGCCCCAGGGACUCUACUACCCACCCCAGGAUUGCCCCAGUUCAAUUCAGCAGCAGCAGCAGCUGCAGCAGCAAUGGGUGACAGUUUGUGUUCCUUCCACGCCAACGACACGCGCUGGGCUACGGCUGGCAUGGGGGUCUCCCAGCUCCCAUUACCCCCCUCCUUAGGCAGGCAACAGGCCAUGGCUCAGUCCCUCUCUCAGUGCAGCCUGGGGGCUGGCCCCCCUCCUGGCUCCAUGGGCCUAUCCAACAUGGGUUCUAAUGGCUCUGGGCUGCAAUCCCACCUUUACCAGUCAUUCGGUGGCAUGGUACCCACAUCAUUGCAGGGUCCCACCAACGUUUCGGGAUCCCCACAGCUCUGCAGCUCCCCGGACACCAGUGAUGUGUGGAGAGGAACCAGCAUUGCAUCCUUGCGUCGCAAAGCACUUGAGCACACAGUUUCCAUGAGCUUUACUUAA